CCAACCAAUAAGAUAACUUCCUUCUACACAGAAGAGAAAUUAACGGUGACAAAAUACAAUUUCACGUUAGCGUUUAUGUUGUUAUUUAGACGUUUAUUAACACCCUGGAACACAAACUAAUUUAACGGCACAGCAUCACAUACUUAACUCAGGUAGUCUUUAAUUCACGUUGGAGACAGGACUUGGUCGAUAUGUUAUCUAGGUAACGCUAGCUAGCUGCUAACAAUGGCUAACUGCAAUGGCAACGUUAUGGUUUUUCACACUCAAAUAGCUUCCAUUAUGGAGGUGCUGGCUAACGCAGCUGUGGUAGAGAUCUGUAAACUCGUAGACGACGACUAUGCAGUGUUUCGUUUGGAAAUUUCUCAAAGCCAGAAAGAAAACCGGGGAUUGCGGAGGAAACUACAGCUACUGGAACUGAAGGUGGCACGGGAGCGUCGUCCCAGUAGUGUCAAGAUCCUCGACCGAUACAGAGGAACGACAAGAGGUGAAGGCCACAGGACCUUUGUGAAGCCAGUGGGAUACAAUACAUGGCGAGAUGACCAACCAAUCACUGUUGAUGAGGGGAGUGGAACCUCAACCCAGCAUGUUAACGUGAAAGAGUCUGCAGAUGUAGAGGCUGCAGGUCCUGGAGGAUCGUCUCUGGUCAAGCAGGAGAAGUCUGAAGGAGAGGAGGACCCACGGUACAACCGAGACAUCCACCCUGUAGCCACGGAGGACCUACACACCGCUGCCGCGCCCAAGCAUAGGACACGGCACAGCAUCACGGAGGAGGAGGAGGGUCCAGAGGUGCUGCUGGUGAAGGAGGAGGGGUGUGAGGAGAGUCUGGGGAACCCUGAGGGGACCAUGGUCAUGGAGGACAACCAGACUACACCUCCUCCUGAACCCACAGAGGAACCAGCUGAGCAGCACAGGACCACACACAGUCUCACUGAGUCAGUAGACAUGGAGGAUGGGAAGCCUGAUCUGUUGCUGGUCAAAGAGGAGACAAUAGAAGACGGACUAGAGAGAAUUGAUCUGCUGAGUGGACUAAAGAUGGGGGAGCAAGGUGGUUGGCUGGAGGCUAACAGAGGAGACUGGACGGCCAUCUUGGAUUCCCAGACCCAGACGGGUGCAGUCAAGGGCCCAGGAGACAACAUCACAGAGCAGGCCAGGAACAGACGCGACAUAGUGGAGGCCAGUGGAUGGGACAACGUCCUCAACUCUGGGCUGGGGCAAAACAACCAGAAACAGACAGUCAAACACAAAACAACAACCAAACUUAUUCUCCAAAACAACAGACUGGCUGAGACCAGGGCGAGGGGUAGAUUUGGUCCGCGGGGACGGGGAGGUGUCCAUAUGCGUCAGGAGAGAUCAGACACAGACUCGGCUAGCGAUGCUCCGUCCUGCUCCUAUAGUUGUGAUUCAGAGAGACUGAUUUCGCCUCAGGUUAACCCCCUAACAGGUGCUGCCUUCAGCCUGCCUUCUAUAGGAUCUAUCAACUGGGACAUGGACCCUGCGACAACACAUACUCUCCCUGGCCUUCAUCCUCCUCACACUCUCCUAAUGUUAAACCAGACCUCAGACAAUAUCAGUGCCUCAACACUAAAUGGCUACACAAGCCCAUUGACAAAUGACAGUAGUAGAGACGCCAGUAGAUCCGGUGGCAAAGAGAAGCGCUUCCCGUGUUCGUUCUGUGGGAAAGCCUUCCGUUUCCCCAAACAGGUGGAGAUCCACCAAAGGAUGCACACGGGGGAGAAACCGUUCAGCUGCCACAUGUGUCAGGACAGUUUUUCACACUUGUCCAGCCUGAAGAGGCACCAGAGGGUCCACACAGGGGAGAAACCAUUUGGCUGCCACAUGUGUCGGGCCAGUUUUUCACACUCGUCCAACCUGAAGAGACACCAGAGAGUCCACAGAGGGGAGAAGUCCUACAGCUUACCCAGUGUGAGAAGAGGUUCUCCCACCAGCUGAAGAUGCAGCUGAAGGUCCACAGGAGAGAGGCCGUUUCUUCAUUGUUCUCCUCUAAAUCAGACACUGAUUUAGACCUGGGACACCAGGUGGGUGUAGGGCUGUUAGUUACAGUGACCGCCAUAGCGGCUGUCACGUCUCAUGACAGCGGACAAACUCCACGUGACCAUUUAGUCACUGUAAUUAAGCUUCUCCAAGCUCUCAUGUUGCUGAUGAUCAUUAGUAGCCUACCAAACUUGCUAACUGCCUAGUGCUCAGCACUCUGUUGUCCCUCUUAUCUCUCUAACAUCAAUGCAAAUGUAAUCAAACACUUCAUGAGAGCCUAUGUUGCACAACAUUUCUAUAGACUAUGCAAUUGCUUGAGAAAACAGAGUGAUGGCCUCCAUUUAGAAAGAGGAUCCCAUCAGAUUUCUAUAGGCUAGGCCUACUAUAUUUAUUUCUCAAUUUUCCUAAUACAAGCACAUUGUUUCUCUUUACCACAGGAGUACAGCCUACCUGGCUGGCAUGAACCACGGGAAAAGUGUCCACCAUUAGCUAUUUAAGUGUAUUUUUCCCCCCUGCCCCUGUUUUGAGACGGGUCCAUUCUAAAUCAAAACUCAUUUCACACAUAUUAUUUAGUGUAUGUAAAGACAAGAUUUAUUCAAGAAUAGUCUGAUGGGUGACAAUAUUAGCGUUUCAUUUGUAAAUGAUGCACAGCGUGUGGAGUAAAGCAAGAAACAGCACAUGCCUUUUUCAAAUCAUAGUCACACACCUCAUGUAACCUAGCCCAUAGGCCUAUAUGUUUCGAUAAGGUUUGUAUCACAUCUAAAGUAGCCAAAUAACUUCUUAAAAUGAAGCACAUUAAUCCACGUUACAACAGGUGUAGAGCCUGAGUUUCAAGAUUCUAAAAUGCACCUUUUAUAAUAAAAGGAUUCCAUGCAUAAAAGCUUUUGCUAUGAGAAUGGUGUUUUCCCGCUAAUGGAACAUUCACGCAUUGCUGCACUUAUAAUGUGAAGAAAUAGCCUAAUAGUUAAUUAACAUUUUAAGCUAAACAUCCUGAUCUUUUUCGUCAGCCUCAUUGCUUAAAAAAGGUUUUGAUGCUAGUGGUUGUAUUAAUUUGGGAUCUAUCGCAUCCCACAACUGUCCCAGGCUAUUUCUCGUGCAGAAUAGGUCAACUUUUGUACUAUGGGGGAUAGUAGAUUGACAUAGGCUAGUGCUUUUGCUGUUUUGUUAGGCCUACUCAUCUUGUUGGCUGACGAAGUAAAUGUGGACAGUUCUUCCAAUAUCUUCAAUAUGCGCCUCGGAAUUGGAUAAGAACAUGCGCAGUUGCAUCCCCGACGUGUCCGUCUUCACUUGUAGCCUGUGAGAAAGAGCUGAUCACGUGAUGGAAAACCAUGUGAGUGAGAGGUGCUUCAGAGCACCCAGCCAGAAGGAAAUUAUAAUUAUUAUAUUCAGCCCAAGGGCACAACAGCCACUGGCCGUAAAAUGCAUGGAUUUGUUUUAGGGGGCAUUACGGCCACACAAAGGGGAUGCCGCCGGGAAAUUCUGGGCAUUAUCAAGUGCUUGUAAAAUUUUAAAUGAGAGACUGAUGAAGUGUGUACAGCCUGCACAAAAAAAAAGAAAGCAGAGCUCAUGCCUUUAAUGCACAUUUUUUCAAAUCGUCAUUAGUCACAUCAUGCAGACUUACAAUGUAUUAAAAAUCCUAACAUAUAGCUAAAAGUUUCACAACAUUUACAUAACUCUAAAUAAAGCAUAUAUAAGGAGUACCGGUUUCUUUGUUAACCGCUCUGUAAAAAUGCUUCACUAAUGAAGUGACAACUAUGUCCCUUAGGUUGAUUCUGGUGUUUUAUAGUGAGAAUGCCUUAAUCAACUUGACAAAGUAGUGAAGAUAUGUGUAAUGUUGAACAUUUCCAAAGUAUUGUAAAAUUAAUUUUAUCCAAGCGAGGGUACCAGUUGUACAGAAAAGGUAGGGUUAAAAUAGUGAGUUAUUCCACUUACAGUUUAGCAGACACUCUUAUUCAGAGUGACAGUGCAUUCAUCUUAAAAGCCCAAUGUAUCUGUUUUUAUCUCUAUCAAAUAAUCUCUGGGUAACAAUCGAGUACCCUACUGUGUAGGCUUGGGCGGUAUACCGUGUACUGGGGCAUUUGGAAAUAGGCACGGGAUGUUUUUUCAAUACCAUUAACUAUUUUAUAUAUUUGAAUAUACUUGUCACUUAUUGUUUGUGCAAUAAAAGUAUUGUACUUCAACAUUGAGUGUGACCAUUUUGAUUAAAUGAAAUACAAAAUUGA